UUUCUCCAAGCAAAAUUAUUUAUCUGAAAUAAUUUCUCCCAAGAUCCAAUCCUAUUUUCCAUUAUGGGAAACUUUGAUUUCCAUUUAAAUCUCCCCCAUCGUCCAAUACUUCAUCUUUUAAAUGUUCUUAUCAUCAUCUCCCUCAUCCCUUCUUCUGUAUCUGAGAUCAAGAACACACGCAUCAUAGAUGAUUCUCGUCCCAUGAUCCUGUUUGAGCGAUUCGGAUUUGCCCAAUAUGGAAAUGUGGCGGUUUCAGUGAGAGAUUUUUCAUGGAAAUCAACCCGACAGAAUGCAGAACUCGAACCUUCUUCAAUGGGGUUCUUUCUGGUUAGAGAUGUAUCAUUUCCAAGCAUAUUCAACGAGUCCGAAUAUGCAGAUAACUUUUGUAUUCUAUGGAGUCGGUUUGUGAAAAUCAUCUUCAAAUUCGACAACCUUGCUGCCUACAAUGGUUCUAUGCUGAUAGAAGAACCAGAUGAGUACAGUUUGAUUUUCGGAAACUGCCAAUCAGAAACACAAGUUUCGAUGGAUGUUCAUACUGAGAUGUACAACAUACUAGACGGCAACAAAAAUUUUCUGCCUGCUGGCCAAACCCCAUUGCCAAGACUGUAUUUCAUAUUCUUUCUCAUAUACUCAGUCUUUGUCAGCGUGUGGAUCUUCAUUUGUAUCAAGCAAAGGUCGGAUAUCCAUAAAAUCCAUAUGAUAAUGGGGGCAUUGCUUCUCUUCAAGGCACUGAAAAUGAUAUGCGCCUCAGAGGACAAAAUGUAUGUUAGGAAAACAGGCACACCCCAUGGAUGGGACGUGGCCUAUUACGUAUUCGGGUUCUUCAAGGGUACAAUGCUGUUCACUGUGAUAGUGCUCAUAGGCACGGGGUGGUCGUUCUUGAAACCGUAUCUGCAAGAGAGGGAGAAGAAGGUUUUGAUGAUAGUGAUUCCACUGCAAGUGAUGGAGAACAUUGCUUCAGUGAUUAUUGCUGAAACGGGGCCUGCAACAAAGGAUUGGUUGACAUGGAACCAGAUAUUCUUGUUGUUGGAUGUGGCAUGCUGUUGUGCUGUUUUCUUACCCAUUGUUUGGUCCAUCAGAGGCCUGCGGGAGGCCUCCAAGACCGAUGGCAAGGCUGCUAGGAACCUGGAGAAGCUCACUCUCUUCAAGCACUUCUACAUUGUUGUGGUGGGCUACUUGUACUUCACCAGAAUCGUGGUUUCAGCGGUAUCGUCUGUUAUCAGUUAUCGAUUUGAAUGGGUUAUGACUGCUGCUGAUGAAGGUGCAAGCUUAGCUUUCUAUCUCUUUAUUUUCCAUAACUUUCAGCCCACCCAGAAGAAUCCAUAUCUUGUGAUUGAUGAUAAGGAUGAGGCUGCGGCAGCUCAUAUGCUUGAAGAAGAUGAUUCAUUUGAGCUCUAGUUUCUAUUACAUGCAUUUCUCUUCAUCAAUCUAAUCUGUACAGUCAUAUAUAUAACUGGGUUCACCAUGUGAGCUAGCUUACCUUCUUCUCAGCGUCUAUUUGUGUAACUUUAAUGAAAUAAUAGUGAAU